AUCCUACAUAUUCGGGUAUAGGAUGUGCUAUGAGGUCAUUUUGUGGCUACUGCUCAGCUUUUGCGUAGCAAAGGAGACUUCUCCGUACGAAUGUGUCAAGUUGGCCCCGCAGUCGUUGGGAAUCGGACAAUUUUGUCUUUCCACCUGUGACGGCCACUGUGCGCAGUUUGUCUCCCCUCCCGGGACAAUGAACUAUCCCUUGAAUGACCAUCCGGCAAUUCCAUCAGACUGUGAAAAUACCAAAGGAAGGCUGAUGUGUAUGUCUACAGAUCCCAAUCCUCACGGAUACCCGCUCUGCGAUUUAAUAGACACAAGGUACUGCAAAGAGAACACGUGCGCAUGCUGGUCCCCCUGCAUCAGUCACGAAUGUCCACCAAAGUUUGUAAAGAAGGAACAUCAGAGAACAAACUCGGGUUGCUUUGACAGUAACUUGAGGGUACUGUGUGUCUCUUAGUCGUGCUGAACAUUCGUCUCUAAUUGACACAUGAGACAAGAAUAAGUAGAAAAUGUAAAUGGAUAUGGUAAAAUGUUAAGUCUGC